GGUAUCUGGCAUUCAGCCUGCUAUGGAACUGGGAGCUGAGGGGAGCAAGCAUCAGCACCAGCACCAGAGGAGGAAACCUGUGAGACAUGCACUGGAGGAGCAGAAAAAGAUUUACACGGACUGGGCCAACCAUUACCUGGUGAAGUCGGGCCGUCAGCGACUGAUCAAGGACUUGCAGCAGGACGUGACAGAUGGAGUGCUACUGGCUGAGAUCAUACAGGUUGUGGGUAAGGACUUGCAGCAGGACGUGACAGAUGGAGUGCUACUGGCUGAGAUCAUACAGGUUGUGGGUAAGGACUUGCAGCAGGACGUGACAGAUGGAGUGCUACUGGCUGAGAUCAUACAGGUUGUGGGUAAGGACUUGCAGCAGGACGUGACAGAUGGAGUGCUACUGGCUGAGAUCAUACAGGUUGUGGGUAAGGACUUGCAGCAGGACGUGACAGAUGGAGUGCUACUGGCUGAGAUCAUACAGGUUGUGGGUAAGGACUUGCAGCAGGACGUGACAGAUGGAGUGCUACUGGCUGAGAUCAUACAGGUUGUGGGUAAGGACUUGCAGCAGGACGUGACAGAUGGAGUGCUACUGGCUGAGAUCAUACAGGUUGUGGCGAAUGAGAAGAUAGAAGACAUCAAUGGCUACCCUAAGAGCCGGACUCAGAUGCUUGAGAACAUUGAUACAUGCCUUGGAUUCCUGGCAGCCAGAGGGGUGAACAUCCAGGGGCUCUGUGCAGAGGAGAUUCGUAAUGGGAACCUGAAGACCAUUCUGGGUCUGUUCUUCAGCUUGUCCCGCUACAAGCAACAGCAGCAGCAGCAGAAGGUGUUGAAACAGCAGGCCUCUCAUCAGCCAAAGCACAGCUCCCAGCCUGGACAUACUCCCCAUAGAUCACCAGCCCCCUCUCACACCCACAAUACCCACAGCUCCACUGCAUCAGAACACAAAGCAGCAUCAGAUAUGCUGUCCAGACUGCCAGGCCCCACCGCGCGAGUCUCAGCCCCAGGCAGCGAGGGGAAGCAUCGCGGGGCCUCCAACAGCAACCGCCGCAGCCAGAGCUUCAACCACCAUGACAUGCCCAAGUCCUCCAGCAGUGACAGAGGUGAGUUGCCGUACAUGAGGAUGUAA